UUUAUGUGGGGGAUCCAACAUGGCGGCUGCGGCGACCCUGGCGAUGGCGGUGGAGCCCGUCAGAACAUAGUGGCGGGGAAGGGGGCACAGUCCGCACUCACGGUGGCGUCGGCGGAGACGGCUGAGGGUGGUGGAGGGAAGAAAAGCUACAGAGAGCAAAAGGAAAGGCAGGCAGGCAAACAACUCGGUGUAGAACCGAGCGCCGGCUCGAGCGAAGGCAGAGGGCCAGAACAGUGGGGAUGGCGGAGCCACGCAGAGUAGCGUUUAUUAGCUUGUCACCGGUGAGGCGGCGCGAGGCCGAGUUCCCGGGGGCCGAACGCGAGCCCGAGUAUCCUCGCGAGCCUCCCCGGCUGGAACCGCAGCCGUACCGCGAGCCGGCCCGGACGGAGCCGCCGGCCCCGCGGGAGGUUGCCCCCAGGUCGGAGGCGCAGCCCCCGCCGCGGGAGAAGCCGCUCCCUCAGCGCGAGGUCAGCCGCGCCGAGCCGCCCAUGUCGCUGCAGCGCGAGCCCCCGCGGCCCGAGCCGCCGCCACCGCCGCUCCCGCAGUUGCACUUGCAGCCGCCCCCGCCGCGGGAGUCGACUUCCCGGGCCGAGCCGCAGCCGAGGCCGCCGAGGGAGACGGUGCGCCUGGAGCUGGUGCUCAAAGAUCCCACCGACGAGAGCUGCGUGGAGUUCAGUUACCCGGAGCUGUUGCUGUGUGGAGAACAACGGAAAAAGCCUGUUUACACAGAAGAUCCGUUCAGUGAUGAUCAUCAAGAGAGGCAAGAAGUGGAAAUGUUGGCUAAGAAGUUUGAAAUGAAAUAUGGUGGGAAGCCCCGUAAACACCGGAGGGAUCGGCUACAAGAUUUAAUCGAUAUAGGCUUUGGCUAUGAUGAGACAGAUCCGUUUAUUGAUAACUCAGAGGCUUAUGACGAAUUAGUUCCUGCUUCUCUAACAACAAAAUAUGGAGGCUUUUAUAUCAAUACUGGCACUCUCCAGUUUCGCCAAGCUUCAGAUACUGAAGAAGAUGAUACCACAGACAACCAAAAGCACAAGCCACCCAAAAUUCCCAAAAUAAAAGAAGAUGAUAUUGAGAUGAAGAAGAGGAAGCGGAAAGAGGAAGGGGAAAAGGAGAAGAAGCCAAGGAAAAAAGUACCCAAGCAACUGGGAGUUAUGGCUCUAAAUUCACACAAAUCUGAAAAAAAGAAGAAACGUUAUAAAGAUUCUCUUUCUCUAGCUGCCAUGAUAAGAAAAUUUCAGAAAGAGAAGGAUGCAUUAAAGAAGGAAUCUAACCCUAAAACCCCAGUGAACUUCUCAACCUCCUCUCUGAAUAAACCCCCCUCUGCUGCUGUAGCGUUGGGAAAUGAUGUCUCGGACCUGAAUCUGAAUAGUGCUGAUCCGGACCUGCCCAUCUUUGUUAGCACAAACGAACAUGAACUAUUUCAGGAAGCUGAAAAUGCCCUAGAAAUGCUAGAUGAUUUCGACUUUGACAGAUUACUGGAUGCUGCUUCUAAUGGUAGCCCCCUCUCGGAGUCAGGGGGAGAGAAUGGAAACACCACCCAGCCAACCUAUGCCUCUCAAGUUAUGCCCAAGGUGGUACCUACACUCCCAGAGGGUCUGCCUGUCCUCCUUGAAAAACGUAUUGAAGACCUCCGUGUAGCUGCCAAACUUUUUGAUGAAGAAGGAAGGAAAAAAUUCUUUACACAGGAUAUGAAUAAUAUUCUUCUGGACAUUGAGUUACAGCUGCAGGAACUAGGCCCUGUCAUUCGUAGUGGUGUCUACUCCCACCUUGAAGCUUUCGUGCCAUGCAAUAAAGAAACACUGGUAAAACGUCUGAAGAAGUUACAUCUCAAUGUCCAGGAUGAUCGUUUAAGAGAACCUCUGCAAAAGCUGAAACUGGCUGUCAGCAAUGUCAUGCCUGAACAGCUAUUUAAAUACCAGGAGGACUGCCAGGCUCGUAAUCAGGCUAAGUGUGCCAAGUUUCAUACAGAUGAAGAACGAGAGAAAAAUGGGUCCGAGGAAGAUGAUGAGGAGAAACCAGGGAAACGUGUGAUAGGACCAAGGAAGAAAUUCCACUGGGAUGACACCAUUAGAACUUUGUUAUGUAACCUUGUUGAGAUCAAAUUGGGAUGCUAUGAGUUAGAGCCAAAUAAAAGCCAGUCUGCUGAGGAUUAUCUUAAAUCCUUUAUGGAGACAGAGGUGAAACCAUUGUGGCCUAAGGGCUGGAUGCAGGCAAGAAUGCUUUUUAAGGAAAGUCGGAGCGUACAUAAUCAUCUUACUUCUGCUCCGGCAAAGAAAAAGGUGAUUCCUGCACCUAAACCCAAAGUGAAGGAGUGUAGUCCAAAAAAGGACCAGAAAACUCCUGCAUCCUCAGUGGCUUCAGUUGGUGGUCCUUCAACGAGCUCUAGCACAUCGGCCGUGGCCUCUACCAGUUCUGGCUCCACGCCAGUGCAGGAGACCAUCUGCCUUGAUGACUCACUAGAUGAAGAACUUUCCUUUCAUCCACCUGCUCUGGAUCUUGUUUCUGAAGCUUUAGCUGUUAUCAACAAUGGGAACAAGGGCCCUCCAGCUGGCUCAAGGAUAAGUAUGCCAACUGCAAAACCUCGUCCAGGACUGAGAGAAGAAAAAUUAGCAAGUAUCAUGAGUAAACUGCCACUGGCUACGCCCAAAAAACUAGAUUCUACUCAGACUGCACAUUCGUCGAGUCUCAUUGCUGGCCACACGGGGCCAGUACCAAAGAAACCCCAGGAUUUAGCUCAUACUGGCAUCUCUUCAGGCCUUAUUGCUGGUUCUUCAAUUCAGAACCCAAAAGUUUCCUUAGAACCUUUGCCAGCCAGGCUGCUUCAGCAAGGACUGCAGAGGUCAAGCCAGAUUCAUGCUUCUUCCUCUUCACAGACCCAUGUCUCCUCCUCUUCCCAAGCCCAGGUUGCUGCCUCUUCUCAUACUCUGGGAACAUCAGAGGCCCAAGACGCUUCUCCUUUAACACAAGUAACAAAGGUGCACCAGCAUUCAGCUGUCCAGCAGAACUAUGUGUCUCCAUUACAAGCAACUAUUAGUAAAUCACAGACCAACCCAGUGGUGAAGUUAAGUAAUAAUCCCCAGCUUUCCUGUUCAUCCCCACUUACUAAGACUUCAGACAAGCCACUUAUGUACCGCCUUCCCUUAUCCACACCCCCACCUGGAAAUGGUUCUCAAGGGUCCCACUCCCUGGUUUCUAGGACAGUACCUAGCACCACUACCUCCACUAACUAUUUAGCCAAGGCGAUGGUGUCACAAAUCUCCACGCAGGGUUUCAAGUCCCCCUUCUCAAUGGCUGCAUCCCCAAAACUUGCCUCAUCUCCAAAACCCGCCACGUCUCCUAAACCCUUGCCCUCACCUAAGCCUUCUGCCUCACCCAAGCCCUCUCAGUCAGCUAAGCCUUCGGUAUCGACUAAACUUAUUUCUAAAUCCAACCCAACUCCCAAACCUACUGUAUCCCCAAGUUCUUCCAGUCCAAAUGCACUAGUGGCCCAGAGUAGCCACUCGAGCAGUAACAACCCAGUCCAUAAACAGCCCAGUGGAAUGAACAUCAGCAGACAGUCUCCCACCUUGAAUUUAUUGCCCUUGAAUCGCACUUCAGGCCUUCCGUCUACAAAAAAUCUUCAGGCCCCUUCAAAGCUAACAAACUCACCAUCCACUGGAACUGUUGGGAAGAAUAGCUUGAGUGGAAUUGCAAUGAAUGUACCUGCCAGCAGAGGUAGCAACCUUAACUCAAGCGGAGCUAAUAGGACUAGUCUGUCUGGGGGAACAGGAAGUGGAACACAGGGUGCUACUAAACCGUUGUCUACUCCACAGAGACCAUCCUCUGCCUCAGGGUCUUCAGCGGCAACAGCCAGUGUGCAGUCCACAGCAGGAGCAUCAUUAUUGGCUAAUGCCUCACCUCUGACUCUCAUGACAUCACCUUUGUCUGUAACAAAUCAAAAUGUGACUCCUUUUGGGAUGCUGGGUGGCCUUGUUCCAGUGACCAUGCCCUUCCAGUUUCCCUUGGAGCUACUUGGCUUUGGAACGGACACAGCUGGAGUGACAACCACCUCGGGAUCUACCUCAGCCGCUUUCCACCAUAGCCUAACUCAGAAUUUACUAAAGGGUUUACAGCCAGGAGCUCAGCACGCAGCAGCGCUUUCCCACGCACCUCUGCCUACACAUGUACAGCAAACAUUUAAUGAUGGAGGCCAAAGUAAAGGGGACACUAAGUUACCACGGAAAUCUCAGUGACUUCCCAGUAAACAAAGGAGAUGGCACACUUGGCUGGCUGUUGGAACCUACCUGAUGGGAAAGUACUCGUGUGGUCUUAGGGCUGCUGUUCUGUCGAUGUUUACAUUCUCUCGUCCCAAGCACUGUGGUGAGGAGGAAAAAGAAAAGGAAACAUUACUUGAGUAAAGCCAGGUGCAGGAGGAAGAAAUGCUUUUGUGCAAAGUUAAGUGUGACCCUUAGUCUCUUCUAAAGAAAGACAAAGUUACCAUAUUAACUGACUUGAAAGAGACUCAGUUGUCAAACCCACAGAAAUACAAAUUUGAUUUUUCCCUGGGCAGGAAAAAGGAAAUUGAGGAUUUGGGUAAACUCCAUCCAUCCUGGGGGUUGGAUCUGAACACUUGUAGACAUAACUGCAUAAUAAAAGGCAGUAUACCCCAAAUUAGGCCAGUUUGUCAGGAGUAAUGGUCAUGUCUGAGUGGACUAUGCAGCAAAUUUGCCACAAGAAAUAUUUAAUGGCCCUAUGUCUGAUGCAGACAGUAGCUGAGUAUAAAUCAUGUACCCUCAAAAAUCCUGAACAAACUUGAAUCUUCUCCAGUGUGUAGCAACUCCUGUGUAAAUCAGUGGACUAAAGAUGUUUCAGGAAAGUUAUUUUAGCACAGUGAUAUAUAUUACAUUUUUUUAAGUCAAAAAAUUGAGCCUGUUGCUCAUAACAGAUGAAACUUAGAUGUCCCCUUUUUGUAAAAGGGUCAAUUACAUCUUCCAUUCAGAAGCAGGUACUUAACUCUCUUCUUCAGGUGAUUUGUGCAUCUGGUGUUGACUGGUUAAUUCUUAUUUCCAUUCUUGAUGUUAAAAUGUGACUUGUGUUCACAUUUUCCUCUUGAGAAAUGGGGAUCUUUGUUGUAGGACUGCAGCUUUGGUCCACUUAGCCUUUGCAGGCCUGCCAGUAUGAACUGUCAAUUUCCCCCAGCAUCACUUUAGUUCAUAACCUCUCCUUCUGUUCUUUUAGCUAGUGGUAUUUCAGGUGAUUAUUAACUGUUGAUAUAAACAGGUAUAAGUGUGUGUUGCAGUGCUUCUUCAUUGGUCAUUCAAAUGGCAUAUAUAUAUUUGGGGGGAAUUUUGAAGAUGGUAUUUUAAAGGGAGGAAUUAAAUUAGGAUCAUUGUGUACAGGGGAUUAUUUUUAUAACAAUCAUAGUGUAUUUUUACUCCCUAUAUCCACUGUAGUGAAACUGAUUUGGAGCAUUUGAAAUUUUAAAGUUUUACUAAUACUUAGAGUAUUGAUAUAUGAGUAAACCUGCAGAUAAUAAGACUCCAUUACUAGAGCUUUCUCAUGCAAAUUGCAUGUUCAACAAAGGAUGUUAAGGGAGAAAUUUAUAGUGUUUGGAUACAUUUUGUUGACUUUUUUCACCUCAUCAUUGUUCUAGUCUUUUUCUUCCUGUUUAGGCUUCUGAAUGUUUUCAAACUGUUCACAAGAAUGGUGUAAGGUUGGUCCAUUAAUAACGCCAGACACCUAAAAAAACUGCACCAGAUUGGUGGUAGCAAGAUUUCUUACGUAUGUUUUCAUUACAGGUCACCCAAUACCAUUAAUAUUUAUCCAGAUAAGGGUAUAAUCAGGCCCUUUUUUCCUUUCACAAGCAAAAGUUGCAAAUAGGCUUUAGGACUGUGAAUAAAUUAACACAAUGCUUUAGAUCUGUAAGCCCAUAUUUUGACUUCAGAGUCAUAUUGGCUUACUUCACAGCGGAAAAAAAAAAGUUAAUAACCGAAAACUUUAGUUCCAAGAACUUGUUACAAUAAGAGGAAAGGGUUAUUUCAAAAAAAUCAUUGAUAUAAUUACUUGCUUCUAAGAAUUUAGUUUUUCAGUAAAGCAAAUAAGAAUGUUCUGUCAACCCUAGUAGAUAUUUUGAAAGGAUAUUGGGAUGUUGCAGAUAGGUUUGGCUUGAAUAGAGAAUGUUUGAUUAAAGUUUGUUCGGUUUUUUUAACUAGGGAAGCUUACCCAGUUCUUGAGUUCUUCCAGUGUAGCAUACCUCUUGCUUUUAUCUAAUUUAGAGGGGAAAAAAAGUCUGCUAAUCCUUAGGGAUUUUCCUUUGAGAAGCCACCUUCAUUUUACUUCCCUGAACAAGGAGGGAACCCAGUGCAGAUUCCUCUCUCUUCUGGUGGAGAGUGGUGCAUGUACUCAUCUGUGUGUGUGUGUUUGUACACAUACAUUUAUUGAUAGAUGAGUUCAGUGGUAGUUUAAGUUGAGGAAUGACAACUUUAAUUUGGUAAGCCCAUCAACUCAAUCACACCAUAUGAAGACACUCCCCCCCCCCCCCCCCCCCGGCCCCGCCAUGAUUCUGUCUUCAUUUGAGAAGAGUGGGAUUAUCAGUUCCUCCCCCAUAUCGUUUUAUAAACACCUGAGGGCUCUGGGCUCUGAGGCCUCCUCUGUGGAGAUUUUAUUCUGUUCUCUUCAAUCCUAAUUCUGUGAGAACUGCUGCCUCACCCCCAUCACAUUUUCAUUACCUUCAUCCAUUUCAAUCAAGACUGCCCUUUUAUGUUGUACAAAUGAAAUAAACAUCCUUAUAUUUCUUAAAAAGUAUGAUCAAAGAGUUACCGCAUGUAAAUACCUGUUUCUUUUCUAGGUCAUAACAUUGAAAAUGGUGUCCAUACCGUAUGGUCACCUAUUUUUACAGCUUUUCUUACUAAAAACAUACAUACAAAUCAGUUAUUUUUUAGCACAGAGGCUUGCGACUCAUAUUCUAUUUUUGCACUUGAAAAUCAAAUUAUGUUAUUUUUUAAAGUGGAGAGUAAUUGGAAAGGCUGUAGAGCAAUGUGUCUUUUCUGAAGAGCAUUAGCAACAUCCCAGUGUAAAAGUAAUCAGCACACAGUUAUAUCCCAUGCCAUGGGAUUCUUGAUUCAGGAAACGUAAGCUGUUUUCAACGGUCUUGUAUUUUAAAUUGCCUUCGCUGACGUAUAAGCUGUUACUGUACAUACAAGUUAAUCCUCAGUAUUCACAAGCAAUAAUGAAUGAUCAGCAGAGCUGUCUCUAGAGAUAGCAGUGCUGAGCCUCGGCUGGAGACUGAGAGCAAAGUGUCAAGCUCAUUCAGAGCCUCCACAAUCGAUGUAAGCAAUAAUUUCAUUACCAGUCGGUUAUAAUUCUUUCUCAUCUGCUUCUGAGAUCAGAGGGUAAAAGAAAUCAUGAUUUUAAAACCAACUGAAGAGAUUAAGUAUUGGGGGAAGAAGUGAAGUUCAUCUGAGGUCCCCAAAUCUCAAUUUUGAGGGACUCAGAGCAUUGUGUCAGCACAUUCCUUCAUGCCUGCCACCCCUUUGAUGGAUGUUGUUAGCCCAAAUUUCUUUCUUUUUUUUUUUUAAUAUCAUAGAAGCUGAAUAGGGUUUAUCAUAUCACCCAGCUAGAAGGAAGAACCGGGCACACACCUGUUUGAAUGCUGUGGGUUUGACACCUGUAUGAAAACAACUUCUACAAAAAGAUAUUUAGUCGAGGAUUCCCACCCACCCCCAAAGCAGAUUUAAAUUGUUUACUACCCAGGUUUGGAAAGGGCAGACACCUCUAAUCUUUCUCCUCUCGUUGCCCUCUACCACACCCCCUUUCCACCUCUACUUGGUUCAAGACAUUUUCUGAAAUGGAAUUCUACUGUUAUUCAAACUGCCAUUGAUUACGCGAAUACUGUGUCCCUUGGGAUCAUCUCUUAGCACUCCAAUUAAUCUAUCAGAUUUGCUGCUACAUUUGUAAAAUGAACUUUGCCUGUAAUGUUCAACUUCAAUUUACAGUUCUUUAUUUCUGGGAGGCUUUGUCAUAUAAUUUGACCCAUGUACAGAACUAGGAUACUUUAUUUUAGGGGUGUACCAUAAAAGCACACUGGUCCUUGUAUUCUUUUCAUCAUUUAGGUUUUGAAUUUUUGUUUGCUCUUUUUGUUGGUCGAUGUUUAUUUUGUCCUGUUUUAAAUUAGAAGAGGGAGAGAAAUCUGCAAUCAGGCCAAACUUGAGAACUUGCCCCCGUGCUUCAGCACUGCAGUUUCUGCUGACCUUACGUUCUCAGAAGGGCACUUUUACCUGCUGUUGUGCAUGUAUGGUGGUUUUUGUUUGUUGUUUUUGUGUUUGCUUUUAGGGGGCUUUUGUUUUUCUAACAAUGAUGCAGAAGACAAAUGCAGUAGUAGGUAAAUGAUUAGAAACAUGUUAGUUUUAUUUCACAAAAUUUAAGAGAAAAGGUUUAACUCUGUAAAUCGUUUCUUAGCUCUGGUAAAAUGGCUUGUAUUAUUCCUCUGAAGCAUAUUCAAUUCAGGCCUUUGUCUUUGUUAAGUGCCUUUUUUUCCUUUCUUUUUUCCCCUCUUUUGAAACUGUUCUCAGAUAUCCUAAAGUACAGGCUAAUAACUAACGUCAGGGGAUUCAGGAGGAAGAAUCUCAGAGUUGCCAAGAUCAUGCCAUGCUGUAAUCUUCUUUUUCUUUAUAUGUAUAUGGAUAUAUGUGUAAGAUACACACAUACAUGCAUAUGUAUAUAUGUGUGUAUAUUUGUAUACAUAUGUAAUAUAUAUAUAUAACUAGUAGCUGCUGUACCAUUGCGUCCUUUCCAAGCACUCCCCUUUUAAUGUUUGCAAAAUUUCUGCCUUGUUUAUUCCAUUGCCUUUAGUUGAUUUGAAUGGGUAGAUUGGGAAAUUGUCUUCUCACAAGAUACUGUCUCUGCCCUUCGAAUAUCUGUUUGUAGAAGUUAACAGGAACAACAACUACAUAUAAAACAAGUCAGUUACUAUAACUGAAAUAAAUUUAGUGGGCUCAUUGGCUGCUCCUGGAUGUAAUCCACUGCUGUGCCCUUUGGACUGGGCAUAUGUAAUACUAGAGAAAGCAUCGGCACAACAAGAGUCUGUCCAGGUCAGGUUGAUAAGGCACAUGAUGUCAGGCAAGACCAGAGACAUGGGAGAGCUAGAGUUAGAACCAUGGUCUUGUUUCUGAGUUUCGAAGCAAGUUAGCAACUUUGUCCAUAUUAAAAAUGCACCAUAUACUCUUCUGGAAAAUGGGUUUUGAAGAAUUCAUAGAGCUGCUUAUCUAUUAAAAGGGUAAUAAACUUAGAAGCAGAAGGACUUCAGAUAUGGAGGGAAACACUCGUAUAACCCAUGGCAUUCUUGAGAGAGCUUCAGUUUUCUCAUUUGCCAAAUAAUUACAUUUGGCUUAAUAUGAUUUAAUGGUUAUUUAUGUUUCUCCUUUGAGCAAAAUAACAUAUCAGUAAUUAGUGUCCAUCUGUUUCUUGUUGAAAACAGAUGUGACAUGUGAAGGGAGACUUAAGUUGAACCAAUCCUCAAAACCCAGUAUAAAUAUGUUUAAUAAACGCCCCCUUUUAAAUUCAUUUUAACUGAGGAGACUGGUGGCCAAAAAGGAGAAAGCAGAGGCUCCUGGCAGUGUUACUUGAUAGCAAGACUGUUAUCAGGUAGCCUCAGUUCAGUCAUGUUACUCUUGAAUUAUUGUGUUUAGGGGGAAUAUCGUUUAACCUUUGUGCCUCAGAUUACCCAUUAGAAAAUUGGGUAUAAUAAUAUUGACCUACCUCCCAGGGAUAUCAGAGACUUUUUCAAAAAUAUUUUGAGUUUUUCUAAAAUGUCCUAUAUAAUUUAAAAAAGUAUUAUCAUCUUCCUGCAGAGGCUAAAAAAAUGUUUCCCUAUGAUGGGUAUAAAAAGCACCAUAUGAUUUUUAGGUUUAAAAAAAAUCACUGGAAUUCUAAUUUAGAUACAUAUGUGUUAUUUAAACAUACUAUAUUUGUGGUUGGAUAAAAUGCUUAGUUUCAGGUUAAUAAGAGGGGAGGGGGUAAAUAACACUAAGUUUCCUAAUUAUAAGUAGUUUUUUUUUUUUUUUAAGCUGUUUAUGGUAUUAUUACAUGUGUGAUUUUUGCCAAGAUUGUGGAGCUGAAGCUAGCUAAAGUGUGAAUGAUUGGUUACUGGAGUUGAUUAAUGAUCCCAAAUGUUUUAUCUGCCUCACUUUGCCAUGUUCUCAGCCUAAUUUCCUUAUAUUACUGUUCAGUGAUGAGAAUAGCUAAGCUUUUAACUUUCUAAGAAUGAAUGGGGGGUCUCCUUCUCGUAGAGACUGUGUCCUGUUCCUGUAACCGUAGGUUCAUCCAGCUCCGCACUGAAGGGGCAAGCACUACACAGUCUGCUAGGCGCACUUCAGCCUGUCUCCCUUUGUGAUUUAUGCUUCUUCAGUAUGAAAGAGUUGGAGCCAUCAACUGCUCAGGUUGUAGAAAAAUGGGAGAGAGGAGGCAGGUUCCUCUUCCUAGCUGGGGCAACCGUGGGAAGGGUGGGGGUACAAAGAAAUAUAUUUUGCCCAGCUCCAGGGACGAGAGGAAGGUCAUCUUAUCGUGCCCUCCAUCAGGUAUAUGAAGCAGUAAUACGUAGAAUUUUCCUUUUAUCAUUUAAAACAGUAACAACAGGAAACAUUGGAUGCUGCUUCUCUGUUAGAGCUAGAUGCUGAGCACCAUUUGUGAGAUGUGUGUAGAUUUUGUAGCACAUAUUCAGGGUCAGGAAAGAGAAUGUCAGGGGAUUAGAAACAAAUGAUCCAGUGUGAGUGAGUCGGAAGAAGGCCCCAGGCCCAAGUAGACAAAGCCUCUGAGUUAAUUCCCAGAACUGGCUGAGGCCCAUUUACUGUCUAGUGAUAGGAUGUUUUUCCUUAAAAGUCACUUUUUGGUUUUUUGUUGUGUUUUCCAGAUAAAGCCUUAGUUAGUAGCCUCUAAAUAUCAACUAUGCAGAUAAACAUACACGUUUUCCACAUUCUUCCUCUUUUUUCCAUUCUUUAAAUAACAGAUGUUAAUUAAGACUUCUACCCAAAGAAAUAAGGCAUAAGGGUUUUGUUGAAUGUGUGUUUGUUCCUCUUGGGAAAAUUAAUGGAAACAUAAAAAUAGAGAUAUUUUGUGUGUUCAUCUGUCCUAAAAUGUGAACUUUAUAUUCAGAAACUAAGUACAGAUUCUGGUGCACACUGUAGUUAGAAUCAUGGAAUGUCUUCGGGUUGUUAAGAUAAAACCAUCCCAGUGUUCAAUUCUGAGAAAGUUUUAGAUUCUCUGGCACAGUGUUCAGGUUUGUGGAGCUAAUAAACAGAUGGUCAGACUAUCAUUACAAAGUGGCAUUAAAUAUUAAUGUCAGAUUCUCAUUCUUUCUCCACUUUAUUUAGUUUUCAUUCUUCUUUUCUCUAGUCUGAGCUCUCAAGUUAACCAUUUCAUCAACCAGUGGCUACACUAGAAUAAAAGUUGCUGAGAGUCUGGGGAGGAAAGGUUUAACUUUCACCUCCUCUUCUCAUUCACGUUGGUCAUCUACGCUGGGUCCCCACUGAAUUUGAAAGUAAAGACUACAAGCGUGUUGUAGGAGACUGUUUACAUCCCAGCACACUCAGACAGGGACUGGUAGGAUUUUAAUCAGGCUGCCUUUGAAUAACUUGAUAUUUUUCUCAGAUAUUCCCAAAGUACCAUUUGCUUGAAAGUAGCUAUUUGCGAUCUUUAUUUAAUUUCCUCAUACUGUAAUAUGUAAUACUUCUGCUUUUCAGACUUUCUUUCAUAUGUCCAUUUUAGAGCAGGUUAGUACUUAAAUUUUGGACACUUUUCCGAACUGUUACCCAAACAGGUCAAGAAUACUUUAAAAAUAAAUAAAUAAAUAAAUCUCAGUAGCAUAAUUAAGGGGGUCUAUAUGUCCAGGACUUAGAAUCAUCACUGGUGACCUGAAUUUUUUUUUCUCUUCUCCUUUGUGUUAAAAAUAGAUUCCUCUACUAUAUAAUAUAGUAGUAGCUACAUUGCAUGGCCUCUUCUUGAUACUUUUCAAGGUUAUUCAAAAGAGAACUCUUACUUGUUUUUGUUGGGCUCUUACUUCACAUAACAGUCUGCCUUGCUUCUUUUCAUUAAUUCCUCUGGAAUAAACCUACUUUACAAAGGUCUGCCUCAGAAAGGCCAUAUGAAUCCUUAGUACCAAUUUUAGGUUCCUCAGAAAACUCUUGAUAUAUUAUUUGUUACUGUUUUGCCAAUAAUAAUAUAAUUCUAUUUUAUCUUGUCUAGUUUUAAAAUAUUUUGUAACAAAGCACUAAUGGAAACUCAAUUGAAACACAAGCAAGGUGACUAUUACCUUAGAUAACGUGGAGAUACUGGUUUUUAAUUUAACAGUUCCAUCUACCCUCCAAGCACAUUUAGGAGUUGGCAGUAACCAAGACUAGCCAAGUGGCAUAUUCUUCUAUGUGACAACCUGCUACAUUACAUUUCAUGCUCUUUUGGCUAUAAACUUCCCUCCUUUUUUGCUUCUCUCAUCUGUUUGCAGGGGUAGUGUGCCCUGUGCCAGCAUAUUGGGUUUUCUGUGAAAUUACCAAGAAUUACCCCCAAUUUUGGCCAGAGGCAUUAAAAGAGAAAUUAUUCUCAGUUGACAGAGUUAUUACUGUUUUAAAUAGGUAGUCGGAAAGUUGACCAAGUUUGGCCAACUUUUAAAAUCCUGGCUAUGCUUAUAUAAUUAAUUACAUAGACCUUCUGAGGCUUGUAGAUAAGCAAGGGGCCCUUGCACUGGUAGAGGUAGGUUUCCAACAUACACACGAUUUUUUUGGCCAGCCUCCAGAGAAGGGAUUCAAGCUUUGUACUGCUCUUUUGUUGGCUGUCAUUGAAAAAUUAUAUUACAGAAUGUAUCAAAAAUAUCUAAUUGUUCUUAAGAGUAUGUAAAUCUUGGAGCUUGCCCUUCCUUCUGUUGCUUGCUAAAAACACUGGCAAGCUGAAAAGGAAAGGAAAGGAAAUCUCUGGCUGGUGAAAAUUUUGUGCCCCAAAUAAGUUAAUCAAAGUCUCCCAAGGUAACCAAGUGAUGAGUGUUUUCUCGUUUAUUACAAGCAAGAAAAUUAUUCGCAGUUGUAAAAAUUAUCGUGGGACUGCAGACCGAUUUGCUAUAACUGAUUGGAAAUAAGGAUUCUGAUUUUUAGUCUGGGUAAGCACAUAUUUCCAACUCUUGCAGUAUGAAUUUUGAUAAAGGAAAGACUUUUGUUUGGUAACAGAAGGAAAAACGGGACUUAUUUAUACAGUGAAUGUUCACUCUAUAGAGGAAUGUCCCUCCGGUUACACAGCAUCUUCUUUCUUGAGCCACCUCCCCGCUUUAUAUAGAUGCCAACAGGUUUUAUAAUGCAUCUUGAAGGAAGGAGCCUAAAUAAUUACUGCUCCUCUGGGUGAAAGGCCCUGACUACCAUAUUGCAGUUGUUUUUAGGGAGGUGCAUUUUUGCUAACUUGAAGGGAUAUGCUGUAUUUUAAAUUUAAAUAAAUGUGUGACUUAAUAUUUUGGGAAUUUUUUUUCCUCCUUUAAAACUGGACCUGAACACAGCUUUGAGUUGAUAUUUGUAAUAAUCUCAGGACCUGAAAGAUUGUAGCAUUUAGUGUGUCUUAAAAAUUAUGUACUGUACCAGCCAUGGAUUUUUGUAAAUAUACCUGUCUCCCUUUUUUGUAUUAUUUUAGUAAAAAAAUAAUAAUAAAUUUAAAUAAAAGGGGGUGGUGAGGAGAUGUGAAUGGGUGUGGGUGUGUAUGUUUGUAUAAGGCUCUUUUGAGAUGAACUGGUGCUUGUUUAAUUUCCGGCUCUAAUCAGAGCAGGAAUAUGGACAAACUGCUGCUACCGAACCCUGCACUGAGCCUAGAUGUUUCCAUUGUGUUUCCUAGUGACUGAUCAGGAAAUGACUAAGUUAAAUUCUUCUUCCCACUGCCAUCUUGCCUUUGAAUUCUCAGUUCUACACACUUUUUGAACAUUAAUGGUGGUAAAGCUUUCCAAACUUUGGGUGGUUUGCUGGUCUCUAGUUUUUAGAGAGCUCUUGUCACUAUUUUCUAAAAAGAGAGGACAGGUAAAAAUUUUUAACCCCCCCCAAAAAAUCACAUUUCAUAAAACCCUGAUGACUUUUGGAUAUGUAAGAGGACUUAAACAUUCCUAGAUGUGGAUCUGUGAAUUUAGUAAAUUGACCCCAUUGAUAAUAUAUACUCCUUCAGUGCAGGGAUUUUUUUUUCUUCUUUUUUUCGCAACAGCCUUGCUCAUAUUCCAAGUGUAGCUAAGCAAACCCCUGUUUUAAAGCAGGAGCCUUAUUUGAUUGUGUAGAUGUUUCCUGUCUAUCCUUUGCGACAGGGCCUUUUACAUGAGUGUUUUUUCUUUUUGUAUGUGUUACGUGUUGUUGUAUUAAAUAAAGAGGAAUGUACAUAUUA